AUGGCCGUCGACGCCGUGAGUCAGACACGGUUUUGGCGAGACCGCUCUCCUUGCCCGAAGUCCAAGCCAUCUCUCUCGCCUUGCGUUACUUCCGACACGUACCAAUCCGUUAUCGAAAACGAUGCUUCGUCUAGCAACUCCGUCACAGCUAAAAUCCGAAAUAUCUCCACUGAUUGUUCCAGCGAAGCUUUCACUCCUCUUUCCUCUACUACGAGCGAGACUGAGUCAUCAGGAAUCUUUGAGCUCCAUGCAAAAGACCAUUAUCCUCAGACCCUCAACUCGAUAGUGGCUCAUCAACCUCUAUAUAACGCGAAAGCCCCCACCAAGACUCGACUGGGUUCUGACAUGGCGAUAACUUCUAUUUCCUGGGCUAAGGGCUCAUCUCCUGAAGACCAGAAGGCCAGACGUGAAAAGCGUACGCGCAUGGCGCGACUUGACUCUAAACCUUCACAGGCGCAAGGCCUCCUUGAGGAAUGUUUUACACUGGAAAUCUCUACAGGAGUUUCUAGGUCUACGCAGACCUACCCUGACCCUGCCUUUGAGUUGAAUAGCCCAGGCAUCGCAACAAAACCAUACAAACUAAGUUUCGUCGACCCUGAGGUUUUUCGAGGGUAUAGGUCCGCCAUCAAGGCGGAGCGGAAGUGGCUUCAAUUAUCGAAUGGCAUCAAGAGUCCUCGCCUAGGCGCCAAACAAAUGGAGCCCGGCAAACAUGCCUCACCAUCUCUCGCUGUACAACUGAAGGAUGUCAAUCUUCUUGAGAUGCCCCCCUUAGACCUGAGUGACCCUGCAACCGAGCCAGCGAUGGCAUCGAUGGUAGCGAUCGAAGCUGACUACAGCGACAUGCCGAAUCUUUUCCGGAAAGACAAUGGCGAAGAGGAUGUCGAUAAUAAGUUUGAUCCAGAUGCUGAUAUGAACGGGUCUGGGAUCCCCAGCCAAGACAAAGUACACAUUCAAGCUACCAUCCGCGCUGGUACAGAGGACGGCUGCAAUAAGAACAAGAUACCUGAGGGUGAGAGAAGCCAAGAGAAGGGUCUGGUCCGGGGAGGGCUUAUUUUGCGACUGCGACAACUGCUGGCCUAUCAAACGCACGGGUGA